AUGAGAACAAUCGUGAGACAAACAUCUCUCACAGGAUUGGAAAUCGAAACAAUGUUAAAGGAGUUGCAAAAGCUUAAAAAGGACAUCAGUGAAUUGACAAAUGAAAAGAAUCAGCUGCUGGAGAAAAAUGCCAAGUUGAGUGAAGAAAAUGCAAACCUACUCGAGGCAAACUUAAAACUCGAGCAAGAAACAAAAAGACUAAGACACUCUCUUGAAAACUUUCGUUUCGAUAUUGAGAAAUAUAAAGACAAUGCUGAAGACAUUGCCUUUUACACUGGUUUACCAGACUAUAAUGCACUGCUGAUAUGUUUCGACAUGGUUAAAGAUGCAGCAGAGCAUAUUGAAUAUGAACAUGAACGAACGCACCCAGGAAUUCAGUGUGGCAGACCUCGAUGUUUAACCAAGUUCCAAGAGUUUACUUUGACACUAGUGAGAUUAAGGCUUGGAUUGCUGGAAAAGGACCUUGCUCAUCGGUUUAGUGUCUCAAGACCCCUUGUAUCCAAAGUUUCAAGGGCCUGGACGAGAUUUCUGAGGGGACAGUUUGAGCCACUUAUUACUAUUCCACCCAGGGAAGUUCUCAAACUCUACAUGCCUGACAUUUUCAAAUCCUUCUAUCCAGACUGUGUCAUUAUUGUGGACUGUACAGAGUUUGAGAUGGAGAAACCUUCAGCACUUAAUUCUCAAUCUGCUUGCUACUCGUCAUACAAGUCUAGAACGACGAUGAAAGCCUUGCUUGGUAUAACACCCAGUGGUGCUUUAUGUUUUGUCAGUGAGCUAUUUCCUGGUUCAACUUCUGACAAGGAAAUAACAGCUCAAAGUGGACUGUUGGACAAGUUACAACCUUAUGAUCAAGUUAUGGCAGACAAAGGGUUCAACUGCACUGAUGAGCUUGCUUCUGUGGGAGCAGAACUGAUUAGACCAGCAUUUUUGGUUAAAGAUACACAAUUCUCAAAAGAAGAAACCAACCACAACAAGAUUGUUGCCAGUUUGAGAGUACAUGUUGAGCGAUUGAUGGAGAGAAUAAAGAAUUGGCACAUCUUUGACCACCGAAUUCCAAUUACUCUUGCCCCCAUAGCAUCUGAUAUGUUAUUUGUAGUGGCUGGACUUUCUAAUUUUUACCCUCCUUUGAUAAAUUAA